AGACGCGGCAGUUCAACAUAACACAGAUUGUACACUUUGUUUACCCUUCUUCAGUUCAGUGUCUGACAACGAGGGGAUAAGGAAAAGCCAGUCGAGCCUGAAGAUAGCGCAAUUCUGCAGUAUUGCGAAAAUUUCUGCGCCCUCUCGUGAGCAAUAGUCUUCAGCGACAUCUACAGUUGGCCAUUUUAGAAAGCAUGUCUUCCAUGGAGGAAAGUUUGAAAAUGUACACAAAAUGUGUAAAUUUUGCUGCUGUGAAGCACAAGGAUCAGCGGCGAAAGGACAAGGAUGGAACCCCCUAUAUAAAUCAUCCAGUCGGUGUGGCUUACAUCCUGACCGACGAGGCGGGAAUCUGGGAUCUUCCAGUGUUGCUGGCGGCAAUUCUGCACGACACCGUUGAGGACACAGAAACAACUUUUGAGGAAAUUGAGGAACACUUUGGGACGCAAGUUCGCAACGUAGUGGCGGAGGUGACGGACGAUAAAACCCUCCCGAAGGAUGUGAGGAAAGCCAAACAGAUUGAAAAUGCUGCCAAAUCCUCUUAUGAGGCUCGAUUAGUGAAGCUUGCCGACAAAUUGUACAACUUGAGGGAUCUCCAGAGAUGUCUGCCGGUGGGAUGGACAGAUGGCAGACGGAAGGAGUACUUCAGGUGGGCCAAGGCGGUCGUUGACAAUCUCAGAGGGACAAAUGCAAUUCUCGAAGAGGCUCUUGAUGUCAUAUUCCGGUGUGAAAAGCUCAUUUGA